UAUUGGCUUUAGCUGUCGUCCGCAGUGGCAGGGCAAGCAAUGAUAAUUCGCUCGUCGUCGAAGGCCAGCGGCUUUACGGUCAGGCUGUGAAGAUGCUACAGAGAAUACUUGAGGACAGGGAACAGAUCUUGCACGAAGGAAAUCUGGCUGCGGUCCGUGCCAUGGUACUAUAUGAGCUAUACGAGGCAACUUCCAGCACAGCCGAUUCUUGGUUCGGCCAUAUCACUGGACUUUCCCAUAUGCUAGUGGCUCGAGGCCCGCAGAUGUACGAUACGCCUUUAGCUCGGGCCGUCUUUGAGGAAGUGCGAUAUCCACUCAUGAUAAGAUGCAUUAUGCUACAUCAAGGCUAUCCCUUUUCAGAGGCCCAAUGGCGGGACGGGCCCUGGACCAGCAGUAUAAAGGGUCCUGAGCAACUCCUUUACGAUUAUGGCUUCUCUUUAGCAGCUGUCCUCCACAAGCUUGAUACAUUGGCUGAGGCAGCCCAAGUCCCGGGCAAAGAUCGAGACCCUGCACUGUUCAUCGACGCCAUGAAGUCGAUCUUGCAAUUGGACAACGAACUAGAACAGUACAAACAGAUUAAUCUGCGCGACUCCAGGCUAUUGCACCUCUCCAAAUCAGAGCCACCGCUUUCAGACUGGACCCAAGCGUCGACGUUGUUGAAUGACAUGUCUUUCCACCUGGAAGGACUUGUGAUAACCUGGUGGGCGAUCAAGCUGUUUCUCAUGGCGGCCGGCAGUCAACUUGCGCUCAAGACCCAGGCAAUUGUUCAACAUCUGCCGCCACCCGUCGCCGGAAUCCACAAACGAAUCUCAGCGUCCUCUGGAGAUGAAGUCCGAAACCACGUCGGCCAUUGUAUUCUGCAGUCUAUCCCACUCAUUGUGCAAGAUAACAUGGGUCAAUUUGAAACCAGCAGGACAAUAUUCCCGCUGACGGCGGCUACGUUCCAGUUCAGAAACUCUGAGCCAGAGACGGAAACUUGCCGGAGACUCAAGACACAAAUUGCAAGCCGCAAAGGGUUCAAGUUUGCUCGUGGAAUCGAAUGAUCAAGAGUAUGCGACUAGACUUGGCUCAGAA